AUGAGCGGGGCCGAGCGGGCCCGGCGGGGCCGGGACCGGGACCGGGACCGAGGGGUCCGGGGCCCGGGACGGAGCCGGGCCGGGCGGGGUCGCAAAGCGCGGGGGCGGCCUCGCCUCACCGAGAGCGACCGCGCGCGGCGGCGCCUGGAGUCGCGCAAGAAGUACGACGUGCGGCGCGUGUACCUGGGCGAGGCCCACGGGCCGUGGGUGCAGCUGCGGCGCCGAAGCGGCUGGAGCGACGCGAAGCUCGCGGCCUACCUGCUGGGGCUCGAGAGGGGGCAGCGGGCCGGCGGCACGGCCAAACCCUGGGAGCAGCUCCCCAAAAAAACCAAGCGCAAGAAAAGGCGCCGGCGGAACGUGAACUGCCUGCGGCACGCGGUGAUCUGGUACGAGGACCACCGGCAGCGCUGCCCGUACGAGCCGCGGCUGGCGGAGCUGGACCCGUCGGUGGGGCUCUACACCACGGCCGUGUGGCAGUGCGAGCGCGGGCACCGCUACUUCCAGGACCUGCACUCGCCCCUGCGGCCCCUCAGCGACUCCGAGGGCGACGCUGGUGACGCUCCGAGCUCUUCCUCCUCCUCCUCCUCCUCUUCUUCCUCCUCCUCCUCCUCCCCGAGGGGCUGCAGCUCCGGUUCAGAGGCUGCCCCUGUGGGGGUCCCGCAGUGCCAGAGCCCCCUUCCUCCUGCCCCCGGGGUCCCACGGCCCCCUGAGGCUCUGGAGGCCGUGCCCUGCAGGCGCCGGCGGAGCAGGAGGGGCCGGCUUCGCCCCGAGGAGCCCCCCGAGCCCCUGAGCUGCCCCUACGCCGGCUGCGGGCAGGUCUGCGGCGCUCUCAGCAGCUUCCAGACCCAUCUGAACCUGGUGCACCGCCGGGGCCGGACCCAGCUGUGCCCCCAGCCCGGCUGUGGGAAGAGGUUCCAGCUGCCCACCCACCUGCGCCGCCACAUGGGCGUCCACUCAGGUGUGCGGGGCUUCACCUGUGACACCUGUGGGAAGUCCUUCAAGCGCAAGAACCACCUGGAGGUUCACAGGAGGACGCACACGGGGGAGACCCCCCUGCAGUGCGAGGUGUGCGGGUACCGGUGCCGCCAACGCGCCUCCCUCACGUGGCACAUGCGGCGCCACGGGGGGCUCAAGGGGCACCCCGAGCCCCGUGGCACGUAGGGGGGGACCCUCCCCCUCCCCAGGUUCACCUGGGACCCCCCAGACCCCCAACACUCACCUGGGUCCCCCCCUGCUCACUGGGACCCCCCGAUGUACCUGGGGCUGCACCUGGAGGUGAAGAAGAACCACCUGGAGGGGGGGGGUGGGGGGUCCUGAGCACCCCCCCCCAGCCCCCCUCGGACACUCUGAGCACUUUGGGGACCCCCUCAGCCCCCCCCCAGAGGGGUCUUGGUGUGUGUGUGGCCCCCCCAGGUGACCCUGUGGUCCCCCCCAGGUGACCCUGUUACCUUCCCCCCCCUCAAAUCACCUUUUAUUUAUUUCCUUAUUCUCUCACCUGUCACCCCCCCUGGGGACACCUGGGGGGUUUGGGGAGGGGUUUGGGGACACUGUCUGUGUGGGGGGGACACGACCCCCUCCCCGUGGGAUCCCCAAACCCCACCCAGGACCCUCCAAAUCCAUUAAAGUCGGGACUUUUUGUGCUGCU